AAACACUGAUGCGUCCACUGAGUUGCCUUUCUGACCGUAACAACGGCCGACGACGCGUCACGACCUCACGAUCAAGAGCCACUGGAUUUUGACUGGAGUGAGGAGAAGUUGCCUAUACACUCUCAGGAUUUCCUUUUUCACACCGCCGAAAACUAUCAUGUCCUCUGAAUAUAGCAGUGUCGCAGAUGCUAUCACCCCGACGUGUACCACGUUAAAGCGCACUCCAUCACGCGCUAAUGUUUCGAGCACAUACUCAACUCGGAAGCGAAGGCGGGUUUCUGUGGCUUCGUUCGACUUGGGACGAGAUUUGGCAACACCGUUAGUACCGGCGACUCCCAUCGAGGAGACAAAUGCAGAUCGAUUCGUAACAGUCCGAACUUCAACGUCACUGCCGUUGAACAUAACACCGAGAACAAAUCGUAUCGCCAAAACGUUUGGUCUACUUGACGACCGUGUAUUAAGUCCCAACGACUCGCCCUCACGUUCUUCAGACCCUUUUUUCCGUUCAUUGCUCCGCCGAAGUGCUUCCGAAUUGUUUUCAACGCCGCGUGCUGCAUCUUUGCUCUCAGCAAAGGCCAAUUUAGGGACUCGGAAACAUUUUGUAAUGGCCCUCGAUGGACCUGGGAUGUCUACGGACCUUUUCGCCUCUCCAAUGGCAUGGUCACACGCCAACUGCAUCGGAGUUGCUUUCAAAUAUGAUGUGUAUUUUCAGAACCUUGAAUCGCGGGCAGUAGUUCACCUGUGUCGUUCGUCGCUUUCAGACGGGACAGUCCACAGCAUCGAUUGGGGUGGCAAGGCCAACCCCUAUCUCCUCGCACUCGGGACGACAGCCGGUGAUGUCAGAGUUAUGGAUGCUGAGAAAAAAAUGCAGCUUGUAGACUGGGUCGAUGGUAGCCAUGGCAUGGGGGGCAUGCACUGGAAUGGCGAUGUCCUCGCUGUUGGCAGGACCGGUGGCAAUGUGUCCCUGUUCGAUAUCCGGACGCGGGCUGAGAUAACGAAGAUCAUGGGCCAUAAACGACGAGUACACGGCGUCAAAUGGUCGGCCGAUGGGCGUCAUCUUGCCACGGGAGAUGACAGUGGUAUUGUCCAUGUAUGGGACCAUAGAGCAAAUGAUCUGCUUACGAACGGCGAUAAAAAUAUCCGCAUGAAACACAAAGGUCCAGUCAAGGCCUUGUCGUGGAGUCCGUGGCAGUCCGGCCUAUUGGCAAGUGGAGGAGGUUCCCCCGAUGGUGAAAUCCACGUUUGGAAUACCGGCAAGAUGACACCAUCCUCUGGCCCAAUGCAUACCAUCUCGUUACAGACAACUAUCACAUCUUUGCACUGGUCCCCGCACUGCAAGGAGCUCCUGAGCACCCACGGAUCCUCGUGGGCCGCACCUCAAAGUAAUGUUCACCCGGCUGUACCUCAAAGUAACUUGCGCCCGAUCGCCCAGGCAUCAGCCCCAUGUGUAGAAAACUCACUCGCCGUUCAUUCUUACCCUUCCUGCCAACGAGUUGUUAACGUCAAAGCACACUCCGCUCCUGUGGGCCACUCUUGUAUGGGCCCCGACGGAUGUUCUGUAUUCACUGUAAGUCCCAUAGAGGAGACCAUCAAGAUGUUUAGGGUUUGGUCCGCGCCCGAUGAUAAGGAAAAAAGUGAGGACAGUGACAUGACCUUGAGGUCUACUAUACGAUAAAGCAUUGUACGAUCAUGCCGCCCAUAUGCUUCUGUAUUUUUGCACGUAUACUGGUAAUUUAAUGAUUUCCUGCUGACUUGCCAAAUCUGCAUGAUUACUUAUCUGGAUGCCUUGGACCCACUUGCGCCAGG